AUGAAUGAAAUCAUAGAGGCAGUCUCUGGUCGUCGACAUUGUCAAACAUACGACAUUAACCGACAGAAUUCAAGGAUCCGUACUUGGAAGGAUGCAAAGAGAGCUUGUGAAAGGAAACGCAUGUCCCUGUUGAAGAUUGACCAUUUUGAGGAAGAUGUCUUCCUUCAAAAAUUUCUACAAAGAGAAAAUCCUGGAUUUGAUGCCGACGGAUGGUUCAUUGGAGGAGAAUAUCGUAGAGGUGAAUGGAGAUGGACCGAUGGGUCCAGUAUGACCUACCAGAAUUUCCCCGGGUCCGACAAUGCUUUUAUGGCCCGCUCCCAAGAUGUCACAAACUACGCUUUUAUUAUGAAGAGAGGUUACCAGUGGGGUUACGUUUCUCCUUUUGGGACCCAGAGAAUGGGGUACAUAUGUGAAAGUACAAGAUGUUGA